CCUUUCUUUGCUAGAAGCCAAGAUCGCAAUCUCAGCGGCGAUAUCUCACGAGUCAAGUGAUACUGCUGUCAACUGGUCGUUAAACCCGAUAGGGACAGACGUCAAGCAGCAAAUACAUUUAUCCGUUAUUUUGUUUUGUAUUUCAAUGCCGCCACCGAAUUGUGUAUAUCUGCGUGUGGAAUCGUUGUCAUUCGGGAUCAUAUGUUGAAGAAACGGAGCAAGGGAGGAAAGCGAGAGAAUCAACCGUCAGUUUCGGAAGCUGGAAGUGGAGGACGAAACCGUUUCCCAGCACUGACUGUCCAGCUGCUCUACCACGACACAACAUAGCCAAACAACGGGACGCGGGGCGAAUAACAAGGAGAUAAUUUGUCUCGUUUUUCGUCGAGGAGAACAUCAAUUUACUGGCUUGGUUAGAAAACGACACGACAAAACGGUGUCGCCCCAAGACAGGAAGGAAAACACAACCAACGUCCAGAAUGAAUCACCUAUCUUUCAGCGAGCUAUGUUGCCUCUUCUGCUGUCCACCCUGCCCCAGCAAGAUAACAGCCAAGCUGGCCUUCCUCCCUCCUGAGCCCACCUACAGCCUCAUGUGUGACGAGAGUGGCAGCCGAUGGACCCUACACCUCUCAGAACGUGCAGACUGGCAGUACUCUUCCCGCGAGAAGGAGGCUAUCGAGUGCUUCAUGACACGCACCUCUAGAGGCAACCGAAUCGCAUGCAUGUUUGUGCGCUGCUCGCCGAGCGCCCGCUACACACUGUUAUUCUCCCACGGAAAUGCAGUGGACUUGGGCCAGAUGAGCAGCUUCUACAUCGGUCUAGGUUCUCGAAUCAACUGCAAUGUGUUCUCCUACGACUACUCUGGUUAUGGCGCCAGUUCAGGGAAACCCUCCGAGAAGAACCUGUAUGCUGAUGUAGACGCUGCCUGGCAGGCACUCCGCUCACGGUAUGGCAUCCGUCCAGAAAACGUCAUCGUGUACGGCCAGAGUAUUGGAACCGUACCUUCUGUGGACCUGGCCUCUCGCUAUGAGAGUGCCGCAGUGAUCCUGCACUCCCCGCUCACUUCUGGCAUGAGGGUUGCCUUCCCUGACACAAAGAAGACUUACUGCUUUGACGCCUUUCCCAAUAUUGACAAGAUUUCAAAGGUGACGUCACCGGUCCUGGUGAUCCACGGCACAGACGAUGAGGUCAUCGACUUUUCUCAUGGCCUGGCUUUGUAUGAGCGCUGCCAGCGCCCUGUGGAGCCACUGUGGGUGGAAGGGGCCGGACACAAUGAUGUGGAACUCUAUGGACAGUACCUGGAAAGACUCAAGCAGUUUGUUGCACACGAGCUGGUCAACUUGUAGAGGAGCUGGAAACAGAAAGUGAUGGGGAAAACUAUGGUGGUGUAUGUUUCUGUUAUGAUUGCUAUUUUGUGUGGGGAUGCAGGUGGUGUUUUCCUCCUGUGGAUGUUUUGGUGGUAGAAUUUAUGAUAAGCCACCUCUCCUGUUUGGAGCUCCAGUUCAGGCCGGGCCCAGAGCUUGACAGUACCGUCCACUCCACUUCAGCUGUGAACAAUAUACUAAUUGUUGUUUUAGUUUUGUGAUUGGACUUUAGUCUUUUUUUUUUUUUACAUGUUGCACAAUUGCACAUUGCUACAGUAUGUGAAUGCAAGAGAGAAGAGACAACAUACUGUGUGAACAGCCUGUGUAUGAGUGUGUAUAUCACAUUUUUGCUGCCUUUAACGAAGGAUGUGUUUCUCAGUUCUUAAUGAAGACCUCUGACCGGGCCACAACAUUGCUGAGGUUCUUAGUAACACCUUGAUCCAAACUGAACUUGGACGCUCCUCAAUACAACUGAUCUUUCCAUCUGAUGUAGAAUUAUUAUUUUUGUAUUAUUAUUAUUAUUAUAACAGUAUGUUUGUAUAUAUUAUACAUGAUAUUUGCACAUAUCAGUCAGCUGUCACUGAAGAACUGUGUAAGACAAACUGACUUAACCCAGCUGUGCCGGUGUUGCCAAAUGUUUAGUAUAAUAUAUUGCAACGGAAUGGACUUCCCUUCAACACCUUGAAACUUUUCAUCAUUGCCUCUUUCUCUCCCACUAAUCUUACUUGCAAGUUUACCAUGAAAUGUUACUGUAAGAUUAGUAUCACUAUGCAGCAGUCCAUUUCCAACACUUUCACAGAUGAAUUAUGUGAGUCCUCAUGUAAGAACAAUUACAAGAUCAUGGUUUUCUUUUGGUUUUACAAUGUUGAAGAAUCUAUAGAUGAUAUUAAAGAUAUUGCUUGCAAACCUAACUCUAACUCUUUUACCUUAUGUGUUGUUUGAUAUGAUUAAAGAUGUAUACCACUAAUGCCAAUCAGGACCUCAAGUUGUACCUGGAGUAGAUUUAUUUUAGUUCAGGAAGUUAAAAAUAAAGGUCUGUUUUGCUUUUGUAAAUCAAAAUAGAUUGAAUCAACACCAAACAUUCGAACAAUGUGUGUGUGUAAGCUCAACAUUACAAGGCCUCUGACAGUCUUUUUUUUUUUUUUUGCUUUCUUUUGCCUGCAUAGCAUUUCUGGUUCCAUUGUUGAAUGUUUACUUGCCUUUUAAAGUUGAUUGAGACAAAACAUGACAAAAACUUCAUUCUGCUGUAUUUCAAUGCACUAAUGACGCCCUUUACUAUCAGGGCACUGAUAAGCAAAUGUCAAAGGUCAUGGUUAGUUUCUCAUUGUUUCUGGCCUCCAAACAUGUCUGCAUGUGACUAACGAGCCUGUGUUCAUGCUGGGAGUUGGACCAUGUUGAAACCAACAGGUGCUACUGUAACCCAUGAUUUUUCUUUCACAAGUACACAUUACUUUUUGUGCACUUCAUUAAUAUUACAUUAUAUUGUUCUUUACUUUCUUUGCUUCUUCAAUACUUGAUGUGACAUCUGUCAGACCAAGGUAGUCAUUGUUUUGUACUGGUCAGCUGGACUAUUGCCAUCUUUGAUUCUGUGUUUUUUCUACUGCAUAUUUCUAUACCGAUGGAACUUGAAAUGUAACAAUAUUAACUAUAGUAACUCAGAUGUGAAUAGAAAAAAAUAAAGUGGUAAUUGA